AACGUUAGAUAAUUAUGUUAUUACAAAUUAUGAGAAAAUAUAAGGGCUAAAAUUAAAAUGUAAAACUAAAAUAUAGCAGAAAAAAAAUCGAAAUUGAACACCUUUUAACCUGAAAUUAACCCGCAAAUCCCUCGUUACCAUAUGUAUAUUUUAAAAAGUACCUAGAAAUUAACAUGCAUCUACCAAAUAUAGACGAACUAAAAAUAUAUACACAACAUGCAUUCCUCUCUCUAUAUCUAAGUUCUCUUCUUUCUCCGAAUCAGUUUCUUUUUCUCCAUCCAUGUAAAAACACAACCAUGAACGUUGCAAUCAAACUAGCCUUUCUCUUCUUAACCGUCACCUCAACCUUAACCGCUACACCAGCCAAACGCCCAGACUACCUUUCCACACAGCAUGCAAAAACAAUCGCGGGAAUAUGCACCGUUAUCCAAACAGACACAAGUCUAUGCACCAAAACCCUUAAAGAAGUUCCUAGUGAUGACCCCAUCACAUUAAUCCGAGCAUUACCUACUGCGGCUGAAUCAUCCGUUAAAAAAAGCGUGACUUUCCUCAUUGGAAUCAAACCAAAACAUACAUCAAACGCAGUCGCAACUGCAGCGAUCAACAGCUGCGAGAAAAACUUGAAUAACGCGUUAGAAGAUUUCGCUGAGUUUUGGAAAGCUACGGGGAAAGAUGUAACGACGUUGGCUCAUAACUAUUUCACGUGUAAGAAAACGUUAACGUCGAUCAUGGGGUAUCAUUCAACUUGUUUGGAUGAUAUUAAAGAUAAGAAUCUGUUGAAGGAAGUGGAGAGUGGGAUUGGAGUUGGGAAGAAUCUAAGCAGUAACUCGUUUGAUGUUUUUAAUGGUUUGCAUACUAUUUUCAAUACUUUUGCUAUUAAUGUGAAGCUUAACGAGGAAGACACUUCACCCCGACCGCCACCAUUGUCCGAUUACUAUUACUGAUUAAAGGAUUUGUAAAUACUAAUUACUAUCAUAUGAUGCUUAAAGCGAUACUUGUAGUUGUAGAGAUACUUGUAACCGUAAUCAUGUAGGGGUACUUUGUAACCAUUGAUUCCAAUAUAAUGAUAUCUUAUCUUAGAAUGGAAUCAUAGAUGGUCUGUACUUCUGUCAUGUCUGAUUGUAUCUUACAGGUUUUAUUCAUGUACCGGAUUGUAUAUAUAUGAAAUGUGAUAUUUACUUUUA